AUGGAUCCGGCCACUACGGCUACCACUGGUGAGGUUGCCUCCAGGGUGGAUGAGGCCGCCCCGAAGGUCAAGCUCUCACUCCUCUCAUACAUCUGGGAUAAAGACACGCAUCUCAAGAGCCCAGCCGAGCGGAAGCUCCUCCGCAAACUCGACAUGUCCAUUCUCAUCGUCGCCUGUCUGGGGUUCUUCAUGAAAUUUCUGGAUCAGACCAACAUUGCCAACGCUUAUAUAUCAGGAAUGAAAACUGACCUUGCCAUGAACGGCAACGAGUAUACCUACGCCGGCACUGCCUACACAGUUGGGUACGCCAUCAUGCAGGUGCCCAGCACCCUGAUCGUGCAGUACAUCCCGCCGCGCAUCUGGCUGGCCAUCGUCGAGAUCGGCUGGGGCAUCUUCACGUUCGCGCAGGCAGGGCUGCGCAACUCGCCACAGCUGUACGCCUUCCGGUUCGUAGUGGGACUCUUCGAGAGCUCCUUCUCGCCCGUCGUGAUAUACGUCAUGGGCAGCUGGUACAAGCGGACAGAGUUGGCCAAGCGCAUCACCAUCUUCGAGGCGUCGGCCGUCUUCGGCACCACCUUCUCGGGCUACCUGCAGGCGGCAGUCUACACCAACCUGGACGGCGUGCACGGCAUCGCGGGCUGGCGCUGGCUCUACAUCGUUUGCGGCUGCAUGACAGUGCCCAUCGGCCUCGCUAUCCUGUUUGUCUUCCCCGACAAUCCCUACCACAACACCGCCUGGUUCCUCACCGAUGAGGAGCGCGCCCUAGCUAUUGAGCGCGUACGUGCCGAGGGCAUCGCCCCGCCCACCAAAGUCACUUGGCGCACUUUUACCCGCAUCCUGACACGCUGGCGGUGGUACAUAUUCACCCUCAGCUACGUGCUCUAUGGUUGUUCUUCCCAGGCCGGCGCCUUCUUCGGCAUCUGGCUGAUCUCGGCUGGCUUCACCGUGCAGCAAGCCAACGUGAUUCCCACCGGCACCUGGCUAAUCUCGGGCUUCUUCACAGUGGUCUGGGGGUUCCUCUCAGAUAUUACUGAGAAUCGCUUCGCUUUUGUGAUAGGUCCCUUGGCACGUAAUAUACUGGGCAUUGUCCCUUCCACCAUCUUGGCCGUCUGGCCGCCUGGCGUUGGCGUCAAGGAAUUUGCCUUUUUGGUUGCAGGCAUCCAACUCAUGCCGGGCGUAUUUUUUGCCUGGGCGGCCGAGACUUGCCGCGACGACAACGAGGAGCGAGCCGUGGUGGCCGCGAGCAUGAACGGCUUCUCGUACGCCGUGUUGGCCUGGCUUAAUAUCUUAAUCUUCCCCCAGACCAUGGCCCCCAGUUUCCGCCGCGGCUUCCCGGCCACUCUAGGCUUCCUCCUGGGUGCCAUUCUCCUGGUCCUUGCUACUCAAGCGCUGGUCGCGAGAGAACAGAAGAGACUCGAGGCGGGCCGGAGUGAGGUGGAGGAUGGUGUUAAUGCAGGAGAAGACAUCGGGUCAGAGGAGCGCCGGAUGGAUGAAAAAUCUUGA